AUGGAUGUUCUUAAAAAUGCGUAUGAAAUAACCAAGAAUUGGAGUAAUGAAUAUGUGAAAGCUCUUGUCACGAAACUUGUUCAUAGAAAUGUGAGUUUUCAUUGAUUUUAUUUUGAUUUCAAUGAACAAAUUACAGAAAAUUACGGAAAAAUUCAAAAACUCGAAAAUCGAAGAUGUUCAAAAGUUAUUGAAGAUUUUAUUUGAAGACGAAUCAAACGAAAUGCUCGGAUAUUACAACAGCGAAGAUAAUUUUUUGAUGAAUCUUUGGGCACUUCAAAUGUUCUCAAACUCGAUGUUGUAUUUUGACUGUCGAUUGAAUUUCGAAAAAAAAUCGUUCAAUGUGAUGGACAUGAAAAAUGUUCCAUUUCUCACAAAACAUGAAAUGAUCGUGAUGUUUUUUGGACGUUUGAAAAGAGAAAACCUUCCUUCGCAUCGUUUGAGCGAUUUAAUGGGGAAAUCGACUCUUCGAAAAAUCGCAAGAAGUUUAAAAGAAAGUAAUGAGAGUCACGAAAUGAUCCCUGGCAUGUUAUUCGACGCGAAUAUCAACCAAUUCGUUGAAUAUUAUAUAUCUGGAUAUCCGAAAAAUCUCGAGUUUGUCGAAAUCCAUCAAAUCACACGACUUUUUGAUUCAAAUUGUGAUAGUGAUUUAAUGUUGGAAGCUGUUUUGGUGAUUCAUCAAGAAACAUUGAGUUGUUCAAUUUCGGAAAAACAAGAUUAUUAUUCAAAAGUUUAUAGAGAUUUAUCAUAUUGGAAGGAAGUUAUUCCAAAGUUUUUUGAGGAGAAUAAUUGGUUUCAUGAGAAAUAUCCAGUUGUUCAAGGAUUGUAUGAAACUCACAAGGAAGGGGAUGAAUCAAAGUUUCUCAUCGCAAAAGAACUGGAAAAUGCGCUGGAAAUUGCAAUGAGAAAACGAUAUUCGAAACCGUUUCCUAAAGGUAUUCAAACAAGUUAUAUAUAUUCAAUCAUUUUUCUUUAAGGUCUAAUUUCAAUUGAAACCGAAGAAGAACGUAAACUAGGAAUCCUUCUCAGCACUUGCAGAUGUAGCUAA